AUGUCACUCUUUCAUAGCGUGACACCUCAAUCUGCAUACCGUCAAAUUAUGGUUGAAAAACUGGCCAAUGCGGCAGCGCAAUCAAGUGCUGAAAAUGUCAUUUUGCGGGAGGAGCUCAAGAGGUUACGGGAGCGGGGACAAACAGAUAUGACAAAGGUUAAAAGCCGUAAAGUACUCUCAAAAGCACUAGUAGUAACUGUAGAUUGUGUUCUCAAGUUGCGCGCACAACAGGAAGAGAAGGAUAGGGCCGCAAAUGAGAAAAAGGUCAGGGCCGCUCUCAAGAAAAAAGAAAAGGAGGAACAGGAAGAGAACAAACCCCGAAUUCAAAAGAAGAAAAACCCGGCCAAACAGGCAUCUCAGCGAACUCCUAUUGUGCAUUUUGAGGAGGGGGACGGUUUCUCUACUGAUGAGGGUGCAGCUAGCGAGGGUGGUCAAGAAUUUGAGGUCUCACCUGCAUAUAUAGAUAGAACUACAAGUAGAAGAAGUUUAGAAGUCCCUAGUAUAGAAAGUAGUAUUAGUACGAGGUCUGGGAGGAAGCUGAGAGCACAUAAGUAG